AUUUUUAAGUGAAUUAUGAAUGUCCUUAAUAUCUCUGUUUCAUCCCCCUCUAGAGCCUUCUAAUCUUUCCUCUUAGACUCAGUUCUCCUCGAGACACUUGAGUAGCGGCUCCUUGGAUUCACCAUCUAGUUUACCCCUCUUUGACGCAGCCGGGGGAAUUCUAUAGUGAUUCACCUAUUUUCUUUUAGAUCUGGGUGCAGGUGAUCUGACUUUUCCCGAGCCAAACCUUCCUUCCACAUACUCCUUCCCGUUCUGUACUUGCAUAGAAGACGACGGACAACUCCAAGUUUCUUCAAACUAAAUCAACCCGUUCCUUUCCCUCAUAUCUCUUCCAAAUAUCGUGUCGUAAGUCUACAAUCAAGAGCGAAUGGCACGAAAAAAUGCUAAUAUCAGACAGGUUCGUGAUAUCCCAUAGAAAGUUCUUGGGUUUAAUAUCACAAUGCGUUCACUUUUCACAACCGUGCCUGCUUUGGCAUGUUUGUGUUCAACCACAUUAGCUGUACCUCACAAUCCUAAGCUUGAUAGAAGACAGUACUAUGGCAACCCAGCAAGCACUGCCGCAGAGCGACAAGCUGCCGUGAAAGAGGCAUUCACAUUUGCUUGGAAUGGAUACCAAAAAUAUGCAUUUCCUCAUGAUGAACUACAUCCAAUUGCGAAUAGUUAUUCGGACUCAAGGUAUGUUGACCAGGUAUGACUCGUGACCUUUAAGCUAACUUUUCAAAAGAAACGGAUGGGGUGCAUCUGCUGUAGACGCAUUCAGCACGGCAAUUGUCAUGGAAAUUCCAGAAAUUGUAGACACAAUUUUAGACUGGAUUCCAACUAUCGAUUUCGACAAUACUUCUUCUCAGGUUUCGUUAUUUGAGACUACAAUUAGAUAUGUUGGUGGAUUACUUGCAGGUAAGCUUUUGUCGUCUAGUAAUAACUGUCAUGUAGCUUACAUAUUUUCAGGCUACGAUCUCCUCAAAGGUCCUCUUUCCAACCUCAACUCAAAUGACACGGCCGUCGACGCAGUUCUCAAACAGGCAGCACGCCUGGCUGAUAAUCUUGCAUUUGCAUUUGAUACACCAACAGGAGUGCCAUCUAACAAUAUCUAUCUCAAUCCUCCACGCACUGAUGGCUCUACCACAAAUGGAAUAGCCACAAUUGGCACACUAGUUCUCGAAUGGACUCAUUUAUCUGAUUUGACCGGUAACAAGACUUAUGGUGAACUUUCUCAAAAGGGUGAAUCAUAUUUGUUGAACCCUAAGCCCGCAUACAACUCGCCAUGGCCUGGUAAGCAAACUCCUGGGUUUCUUCCAUUCUGACUCUCUAGCCCAAACUGGUGUUCAUUCUUUCUUUAAUCCUUUCAGCGCAAUGCAGCCUUGACCCCUCGUACCUCCACCUUAAACUUUUCAAUGGUAAGGCAAUCGCUGACUUAUCUAUGCCGUAGGUCUGCUCGGUACAAACGUGAAUCUCAACACGGGACUUUUCGAAGAUGCCAGCGGAGGCUGGGUUGGUGGUGAUGACAGCUUCUACGAGUAUCUCAUCAAGAUGUACGUGUAUGACUCGACUCGAUUCGGCAAAUACAAAGAUCGAUGGAUCGCGGCUGCGGAUUCAUCCAUCAAACAUUUAGCUAGCCAUCCUUCAACUCGUCCGGAUUUGACCUUUAUGGCUGCUUAUCAAAACAAAACACGUCUGUUUGUUUCCGAGCAUCGUAAGUACAUUCUUUACCAGUUGACUUGAUUGUGAUAGAUUGGCAAGCUUUCUGCAUGGGAUUAUUAGACAUUGGAGGCAUUAGAUCGCUGUCUUUUGGGUUCUUGUGCACGAAUAUUGCCGUCUCUACAACUAAAUAUUCAAUGAAUACUGAUUAGAAACAUAGUCGCUUGUUUCGAUGGAGGCAAUUUCCUCUUGGCAGGUCUCGUGCUCAAAGAGCAAAAGUACAUAGAUUUCGGACUUGCACUCGUCGCCGGCUGCGAAGACACAUACAACAGCACACUCACUGGCAUCGGACCCGAAGUCUUCCGAUGGGUAGAAAGCGGCACUCCUACCAAUUCUUCCACUAAUCCUCCUCCAUCCGCCGACCAACAGGCAUUCUAUGAAAAGGCCGGUUUCUACAUCACCAACUCGGAUUAUAUCUUGAGACCCGAAGUCCUCGAAUCUUUUUACUAUGCUUAUCGCGUCACGGGAGACCAGAAGUAUCGUGAGUGGAGUUGGAACGGAUUUGUGGCUAUUAACGCAACAGCUAGGUAUGUAUUCAUCUGGUUUUAUUCACUCUGCGAAAGUGUGAGUACUAACUUUGAAACCCGUAGAACUGGUAGUGGAUUCGCUGAACUCCAAGAUGUCAAUGCGCCUAAGGGAGGUGGAUUUAAUGAUUUCCAAGAUAGUUUCUUGUUUGCAGAGGUUAUGAAAUAUGCAUAUUUGAUUCAUGGAGAUGUAAGCAUUUCUUCCUUCUUCCCUUCCUACUCUUUCCAUCACAUCCAGAGACUCUACGUGAAAAUUCAAAACUUACUCACGCUUAAUGCACAGGAUGAGGAAUAUCAAGUUGGAGGCGGCGGUGUUAAUAAAUGGGUAUUCAAUACUGAAGCGCAUCCCCUCAAGGUCUCAGGACCACCUAUUUAAUCAUUUUAAAAUUGAACAUUGGACUGGGUUUCGGUUUCGGGCAGGGGGUUUCAAAGGUUUCUACUUCUUCAAAUGAUGAGUUCUAUGCAGAUUGCAUUGCCAACCUAGCUAGCACCUUGUUUAAGAACUCUUCUUUUAUAGUGAUGGCCUAUAAACCCAUACCACUUUUUCAUUUAGCUUAGUUCACUAGCUGAAUGCAUUCUUACUUUUUUGCAGCGAGUUAGUUCUUGACUUAUCGUGAUGGUAUAAAUGAGG